AUGAUAGAGACCUACCAGCACCUUACAGCCAUAGGCUACAAUUGGGAAGACCAUAAUAUUGAAGAACAGUGUCAACGUUCUAGAAGAUAUGGAAGGCAUAAAAGGAAUCAGAGUGGAGAGAAACCAUGCAAAUAUAAUCAAUGUGGUAAAGGCUUUUUGCAACACAGUAAACUCCACCUACAUAGAAAAACACAUGCUGGAGAGAAACCCUAUGAAUGGAAAGAGGGUGAGAAAAUCUUUUCCCAACAUGGAAAUCUCCAAAUGCAUAAAAGAACACAAACUGGAGAGAAACCAUACCAAUGUAAUCAAAGUGAUAAAGCCUUUGUAUGUUGCAGUGAUCUCCGAAAGCCUGAAAGAACUCAUACUGGAAAGCAGUCCUGUGACUAUAAUCAUUGUUGUCAAGCCUUUUCACAACAGGGUAGUCUCCAAAUGCAUGAAAGAACACAUACUAGAGAGAAACUUUAUGAAUGUAAUCAAAGUAGUAAUGCCUUUUCAUGCCCCAGUAGUCUCCAAAGGCAUAAAAGAACACAUACUGGAGAGAAACCCUAUGGAUGUAAUCAGUGUGGUAAAGCUUUUUCACAACCUAGUGGUCUCCAUGUGCAUAAAAGAACACAUACUGGAGAGAAACCCUACAAAUGUAAUCAGUGUGGGAAAGUCUUUUCACAACCCAGUAGUCUCAAAAAGCAUAAAAGAACACAUACUGGAGAGAAACCCUACAAAUGUAAUCAGUGUGGGAAAGUCUUUUCACAACCCAGUAGUCUCAAAAAGCAUAAAAGAACACAUACUGGAGAGAAACCCUACAAAUGUAAUCAGUGUGGUAAAGCCUUUUCACACCACAGUAAUCUCCAGGUGCAUAAAAGAACACAUACUGGAGAGAAACCCUACAAAUGCAUUCAGUGCGGGAAAGCCUUUUCAAACACUAGUAUUCUCCAGGUGCACAAAGGAACACAUACUGGAGAGAAACCCUAUGGAUGUAAUCAGUGUGGUAAAGCCUUUUCACAACCUAGUGGUCUCCAUGUGCAUAAAAGAACACAUAUUGGAGAGAAACCCUACAAAUAUAAUCAGUGUGGUAAAGCCUUUUCUCAACCUAGUGGUUUCCAUGUGCAUAAAAGAACACAUACUGGAGAGAAACCCUACAAAUGUAAUCAGUGUGGGAAAGUCUUUUCACAACCCAGUAGUCUCAAAAAGCAUAAAAGAACACAUACUGGAGAAAAACCCUACAAAUGUAAUCAGUGUGGGAAAGCUUUUUCACAACCCAGUAGUCUCCAAAGGCAUAAAAGAACACAUACUGGAGAGAAACCUUACAAAUGUAAUGAGUGUGGUAAAGCCUUUUCACACCCCAGUACUCUCCAUGUGCAUAAAAGAACACAUACUGGAGAGAAACCCUAUGGAUGUAAUCAGUGUGGGAAAGCCUUUUCACACUACAGUAAUCUUCAGGUGCAUAAAAGAACACAUACUGGAGAGAAACCCUACGAAUGUAAUCAAUGUGAUAUAGCCUUUGCAAGUUGUAGUGGUCUCCAGAGGCAUAAAAGAAUUCAUACUUCAGAGAAACCCUAG